UUGAACUCGAGCUGCAGCUGGCUGGGAUUGUUUUGAUUUAAAGUAUUACACAAAUCAGCCUACUUCGACCCCGGCCCGGUGACAGUCCAUUGAUAAGCUGCAGCGCUACUCCAGCUGUGUUUGACACAAAGAAGAGCACGGUCGCCCGCUCUCAGAGAGAACGGAGUGCAGUGCAGACAUAAAGAGCGCGUGCAAACAAAACACUGCCUUCGAUAGUACGCCGUUAGUGGCUGCGCCUUGUAUUAGCGCUCCUACGCCGGCGACGGCAUCAGUGCAAAUUUCGAAUUAUAUAAUUUAUCCAAGACUGGUGACCCAUUGAUUUUCCCACCAGCCACUGCGACUGUCAAGCCGGAGCCCAUUUGAAGACAGUGUCGUGUCUAACGCCUGGACAUGGCCCGUCUCAUCGAGAGCAACUUUGUCCCGAUCGCCGUGGGCGUGGUAGCCGUCGUAGCCGGCGCUCUGAUCGUCCACUAUUUCCUGAACAAGAAGUCUACGAAGCCGCGCCGGGAGCCAAAUCGCACUGCCCGCCUCCGCACCCUGGUGGACCCCAAUGACAAGUAUCUGCUGCCGCUGGUCGAGAAGGAGGUGCUUAGCGCCGACACGCGUCGCUUUCGCUUUGGCCUGCCCUCCAAGCAGCACGUUCUGGGCCUGCCCGUGGGCCAGCACAUUCACCUGAUUGCGACCAUUGACAAUGAGCUGGUCAUCCGUCCCUACACGCCCAUCUCGUCCGACGAGGACGUGGGCUAUGUCGAUCUGGUGGUCAAGGUAUACUUCAAGGACACACAUCCCAAGUUCCCCGGUGGCGGCAAGAUGACCCAGCAUCUGGAACAGCUGGAGCUGGGUGACAAGAUCUCGUUCCGCGGACCGUCCGGCCGCCUGCAGUACCUCGGCAAUGGCACCUUCUCCAUCAAGAAGCUGCGCAAGGACCCACCCAAGCACGUGACCGCCAAGCGGGUCAACAUGAUUGCCGGCGGCACAGGCAUCACUCCCAUGCUGCAGCUGGUCCGAGAAGUGCUGAAGCGCAACGACAAGGACAAGACCGAAAUGGCUCUGCUGUUUGCCAAUCAGAGCGAAAAGGAUAUUCUACUGCGCGGUGAGCUCGACGAACUGGCCCAGAAGCAUCCCGACCAAUUCAAGGUCUGGUACACCGUGGACAAGGCAGCCGAAGGCUGGGGCUUUAGUGUGGGCUUCAUCAACGAGGACAUGAUCGCCGGACAUCUGCUGCCGGCCAGCGACGACACCAUCGUGCUGCUCUGUGGCCCGCCACCCAUGAUCAACUUUGCCUGCAACCCAGCGCUGGACAAGCUCAACUUCCACCCGGACACCCGAUUCGCCUACUAGAGGUGAGCGCCCAGCUUCCUUGGGGGCCUUCCUGCCAAAAUUCCUGGAUUAAAUUGCGUUGGAGAAAGAAUUUGCAUUUCGGUUUUGUCAUUUUCCAUGUCAACAUGUUUGCCUAACCACCACCUCAUCGAAUCCUGCAUCCAUGCGCCAAUGGUCCCAGAAGUCGGGAUCGAUGCGAUCGAUGGACCCAAAGCAAAUGUCUAACAUGUAACACCCACCACCCGUGCUAAUUGUUGUAGCUCUUUUUUAUUAUUUGUGAAUAAAAAUCAGUGUUAACAAAAAGGA